AAGAACUUGAGUGAAGGCUGUUUUCAUAUCUCAGGUCAGAGCACAGACACACUACAGAGCCUGGAAUCUACUGCUUGCACAAGUUCACAAUCCUCAUCUGCCUCUCAGCUUUCAGCAAUGACCAACUAUGAGGAUGAGCUAAAUAAUGAAACAGACUAUUUAGACUAUGAAAAUGGAACCGAAGACUGUAUGGAAAAAGACUGGGACCUGUCAUCCUCCUUGCUACCUGUAUUUUACAUGCUCGUCUUUGUCUUGGGACUGUCUGGAAAUGGUGUAGUCAUCUUCACAGUAUGGAAAGCAAAGCCCAAGAGGAGAUCCGCAGACACCUAUAUCGGUAACCUUGCCAUUGCUGACCUGGCUUUUGUUGUCACCUUACCCUUAUGGGCUACCUACACCGCUCUUGGCUUUCACUGGCCCUUUGGUUCUGCUCUUUGCAAGAUCAGUAGCUACCUGGUGCUGCUGAAUAUGUUUGCCAGUGUUUUCUGCCUCACCUGUCUGAGUUUCGACAGAUACCUGGCCAUUGUUCACUCGCUCUCAAGCGCCAACCUGCGCUCCCGUUCAACAACAAUGCUGUCCCUGGGAAUUAUAUGGUUCUUCUCAGGGUUUCUGGCACUACCCAGUCUGAUUCUCCGCGAAACCCGUCCUGAUGGCAAUAAGACUGUUUGUGACCUGGACUUCACGGGUAUCUCCGAAAAGGAGAACGAGAAUUACUGGAUUGGAGGACUCAGCCUUCUCACCACCAUACCAGGUUUUCUGCUUCCGCUACUCCUCAUGACCACAUUCUACUGCUUCAUUGGCUGCAAGGUAACCGUCCACUUCCAGAAUCUCAAGAAAGAAGAGCAAAAGAAGAGAAGGCUUCUAAAGAUAAUCGUCACGCUUGUCGUUGUGUUUGCCAUUUGUUGGUUGCCAUUUCAUAUUAUCAAAACCAUCCACACCCUGGGGCUCAUAGGUGUUGUAGACCUUUCUUGUCCACAGUUUAACCUGAUCCUCAGCCUGCACCCUUAUGCCACAUGUCUGGCAUACAUCAACAGCUGCCUUAACCCGUUCCUCUAUGCGUUCUUCGACCUUCGGUUCCGCUCGCAGUGUUUUUUUUUUUUUGGACUUAGCAAAACCUUCCAUGGACAAAUUAGUAACACCUCCUCCAGCCUGAGUGCCCAGACACAAAAAUCUGAAUUACACUCGUUGGCAACUAAAGUGUAAUUAAAGAAAAGAGAGGAUGGACAUGAACAGUAAGGACAAUGUACUUAUGAGACUUUGGAGGCUAAAUAAACUUAUCUCUAUGCUGGUAGAGCAUUUGCUGAUAAAGGAAUACUUCUGCUGGACUUUACUCUAGAGCUUGGAACAUCUUAUUGAUGCCUCUUGAUGCUUGCACUGGAAAAAAAAGACUGAAAGCACUGUCUCUAGGACAUCAAAAAGUCUUGUUCUGUCUCUCUCUGUGGGACAGGAGAGCUGGAAGGAUGGGACAAGAUAUGCCGUUAAGUUUCACAUUCAUUUUUCACAUAACCUCUAUAAUGAUAAUAGCCAGAAAAUACAGUAUUAUGUUGAUUCAUUCUUAGUACUUUGUGCAUUACCUUAGAGACUUUAAUUCUGUGUAUAUUUGGCUUUUUUGAAGCACUUGUAUAAUGUUAUAGAGCUUAUAUCUAACAUACUCAUAAUGGAAUGUGUGGGAUUUUAAAACUGAAGGGACAAAUGCUAUAAAUUGUUUUAUUCUACGUUAUGUUUCAGUGUUAAAUCCAUUUCUGUUGCAGACAGAUGUUUAAGCUGUCGGCACUGAAGGGGUUAAAUAUCAGCUGCGUUUGUUAACCUCUUAGUUGACAAAAAGGCAAGCAUCUCCUUGCAGGGCAAUGUAUUGCUGGUCUCUAUGUUUAAGUGCCUUUGACUCUGUAGAGCUGUUGGCCAAUCUCUGGCUCUCCAGCUGCUGUAGAACUACAAGGACCAGCUUGGCCAGCACGGCCAUGACCGGAAUUUGUGUUUCUCCAACAGCUGUAGAGCUGUAAGUUAUCCAACGCUUGAAUAUGUAGAUAUGUAUAUAAAUAAAUGAAUGAUUAUAACAUAUCCCCUCGGAGAGGGGCUUCGUUGACAAGGGUUGGUAUACUUUUGUAAUAUGAUGCAAUAAAAUUCUUGUACUUACUAAAA